GGAUUCGAACCUGUGCGGGGAGACCCCAUUGGAUUUCGAGUCCAACGCCUUAACCACUCGGCCACCAUGACGCAGUUGAAGAACCCAGGGUGCAUAGCGAUAGUUAUACCUUAACCAAUACAUCGAUCCCAUAUGUGUAUGUAAAAAUGUAUUUGUUAUAUUUGUUUUAAGUUUAUACUUUGUACGUCUUUGUAUCCAACUCGUAAUAAUGGCGUUACAUUAAAUCUUGACAGUCAUAAACGUUUACAAACGCAAAGGGACCCCACACAAACGCAGCUGAAUGGACCAUUCCAUUAAUUAAAUUGUCUCAGACAGCACCCUAAUUGCAGUAAUUACAAAUAAUCAAACAUUUCGUAUUUAGCCAAUUUUAAGUAAUUAUUUAAUCAUUUUCAUUUGAUUCUAAACCCGAAUGAUACUGCGGUAUAAAAAAUGUUUUAUUGUAUAUCACUGGGGUGGACUCGCCCACCCACGUGAGCCGGGAGCCUCGUUUUGGCGGGAAGCGGUUCCCGGAUCUGAGUGUCGCUUCCCUCAGAGACUCGAUCGAGUUUCAGUGUCACUGCGUGCACACAGCCACUGAAAGCCCCUCUACCCGGCCACGGGCCACCCAGUGAACGUGCUGCAGAGAUGGCCACCAUGAACUGUGAGCUGCUGGCCACAUGCAGCGCCUUGGGGUUCCUGGAGGGAGACACCUACCACAAGGAGCCGGACUGCUUGGAGACUGUCAAGGACCUGAUCCGCUUCCUGCGCCGUGAGGAUGACAGCAAGGACAUACGCCAGCAGCUGGGAGAUGCCAUGAUCCUGCAGAAUGACCUGGUGCCACUCCUGCUCUACCACCACAACGACCAGGUCCUCUUCCAGGCAAUAAUCAGGUUGUUGGUGAACCUGACUCAGCCAGCGAUCGUGCUGUUUGGAAAGGUCCCUACCGACCCCACCACUCGCCAUCAUUACCUGGCAGUUACCUGCCACCUGCAGGCAUACAAGCAGGCGUUUGCCAACGAGAAGGUGUUCACCGUUCUUAGCGAGACCCUCUACAACUUACUUCAGCUGGAAUGGGAGCAGAGGCAAGAGGAAGACACGUUACUGAUAGAACGUAUGCUCCUGCUUGUCCGAAAUGUCAUGCACGUGCCCCCAGAUCCUACCCUGGAGAAGAACGUGGAUGACGACGCCAGCUUGCACGACCGCGUGCUGUGGGCGCUGCACAUGAGCGGCAUGGACGACCUGCUGCGCUUCCUGUGCAGCGCGCCCAGCGAGCAGCAGUGGUGCAUGCAUGUGCUGGAGAUCGUCUGCCUCAUGUUCCGCAUGCAGACCCCAUCUCAGCUCGUGAGCACGGGCGGAGCGAGGCCGGAACGGGAGAAGGAGGCCGACACCACGGAGCUAGAGCUGCUGCGGCAGAGAGAGCUCGCCGAGAAGCGCAACCGCAUGUGGCACCGGAGCUCCAGGCACUCUCGGUUUGUGGGCACGUACGUGGUCCAAGGACACAAAUCCAUCAGCGAUAACGACCUGGUGUUUCACCUUGGCGUUCAAAAGCUGGCAGGAUACAGCCACGACAUCGGCAAGGAGCCCCAGCGGAGACCCAAACGGCGCCUACUGGCGCCCGAGGCUGAAGAGCGACGCCGCUCGGCCAUGAACGUGCGACUCUUCCUGCGCACAUUCUGCAUCGAUUUCCUGGAUGCCUGCUACAACCGCCUCAUGUACAGUGUGAAGGACACACUGCUGCUCGAGAAGGGGCAGCAGAAUGACGAGAGCUACUACAUGUGGGCGCUCGCUUUCUUCAUGGAGUUCAACCGACUGCGAGGGUUCCGCCCCGAGCUGGUGUCCGAGACAGUGGGCGUGCGCACUUUCCACUUCAUCGAGAAGAACCUCACCAACUGCUACGAGAUGAUGCUCAUGGAGAAGAAGGACGCCCUGCCGUGGUCCCGCAGGAUGCACCUGGCCCUGAAAGCCUACCAGGAGCUCAUCAUGACACUGGAGGAGAUGGACAAGUCCAAGGAGGAGAGCGUGCGAGAGAGCGGCAAUGUCAUUAAGAGCAACCUGUUCUACGUGAUGGAGUACCGCGAGCUGUUCGUGACGCUCUUCCGCAAGUUUGACGAGACGAAGCAGCCGCGCUCGUUUCUGCGCGACCUCGUGGAGACGACGCACACCUUCCUGCGCCUCCUACAGCGCUUCUGCCGCGGCCGCAAAGCCGUGGUCGUGCAGAAGAAGCGAGUGAAGCGCAAAAAGAAGAGCAGAGCGCAGGCACAGCCGUCCAGCAGUGAGAGGAGCCCUGAGGAGUGCGAGGCCCAGUGGCAGCAGCUGUCGCAGCAGCUCAUCGCCUAUGCACAGCACCCACCAAGGUUACGAGAGGGUGAAAUCACACAGGGUGCGGAGGCCGUGCCGGACAGCGCGGUGCCGUUUGAUGCGGCGUCGGAAGUGCCUGUGGAGGAGCAGCGUGGGCAGGCCACUGCUCGUAUCCAGGCGGCACUGCUCGCCGGGCAAGCUGGCACCGCGGUCGGCCUGCUGCGCUCCGCGAGGGAGGUCUGGCCCGAGGGUGAGGUGUUUGGGGCGGUGGGGAUAACCCCGGAGGAUGAGCUGGAACUCCUGCGACAGAUCCAUGCCGCAAAGCUGCCCUCUGCCCUCUCGGCAUCGGUGGUUGAAGACGUACCGGUGGAGGAUGACGUUGGGCCGGAGGAGAUGGAGGAGGAGGAGAACGAGGAGGUGGAGGCCGUGUCCGUCAGCGAGAAGGAAUUCAACUUCACGGAAUACAUCAAGCGGUUUGCGAGCGCACCCGUGAUGAAGGCAUGCAUGUCUCUACUGCGGGGUUACCGUGAGAACAGCGCACACACCAACCACUGCAUCGUGGUCAUUCUACAUCGUGUCACUGUGGGGCUGCACAUGGAGGGGCUCCUCUUCCAGCUCUCCGCGUUCCGCGUCUUCCAGGCCAUACUAGCGGACCCCGCCGCUCACGUGUACCAGGAGCUGUCCAAGUUUGCGCGUCACAUUGUCCGUAAGUUCUUUGAAGUGGCGGCACAGAACAACAAGAGCUUUGUGGAGCUACUGUUCUGGAAGUCGCCGGCCAAUGUGCACGAGAUGACCGAGGGCUACGGAUCGGCUCAUGAUGGAGGUGGCUUGAGCAAAAAGGGCCCACGCUGGACGGAGGAGGAGCAGACAGAGCUUGACAAGCUGUUUUCAGAGUUCCAGGACCAGAUUGGAGGGAGUCAAGAUAAGGAUGUUGUAGACCACAUCAUGGAACGCAUCAGGGAUGCAACGAGGACGCGCAAGCAGAUCGUGGCCCAGCUGGUGCGGCAGGGUCUGGUCAACUCGUCCAAGGAACUCAAGCGCAGGAAGGGCGUCAAGCUGGUGCUGUGGCGCGAGGAGCAGGAGAUGGAGCUGCAACGUCUCUUCGAGGAAUUCCACAAAUCCGAUGACUUGCUGGACAACAUCGUGCGCAACCUGACGGCCAAGAGGUCACGCAAGAAGGUGGCGGACAAGCUGCUGAGCAUGGGCCUGGUAUCUGACCGGGCACAGCUGCGCCGGAAACGCCCAUCGAAGAGCUCCGGAAAGUCCUCUGGCAAGGCCAACUCAAACAACAAUGCCGACCCAUGGGGCGAUGACCACGAUCAUCUAGAUGUGGAUUCCGACGAUGAGAAAGAAAGCAGCGAGGACGAAGGGAGCAGCGAUGACGAUCAACCUAUCCAGCGAGCCGGGGCAAGGCCUGCCGGGGCAAGGCCUGCCGGGGCAAGGCCUGCCCAGGCAGGGCCCGCCCGGGCAGGGCCCGUCCGCCCCAGGAAGAGUCAGGGAGGCAACCGGAAUGCUCGCAGAAAAUCCCGGCCGCUUGUGAAGACCAGCCCUGCUGAGCUGCGCAAGCUGGUGUCGAAGGCUCGCAGAGGAGGGCUGGCGGAGCCUGUACUGUGGCUUGGAAAUUGCCUGAGACGGACAGCCGAUGACCGGGAAGAGGAUGGGAUCUCCCUGCCGGUGCCACUGGUGCCGCUCUCGGAGGAGAACGAGGACGCCAUGGAGAACCGGGUGUUCCGUCGGUUGCUACGCGCGCUGGGUGUGUGCUCGCCGGCCAAUCACGAAGAGACGUUUUGGAGAAUACCGGCAGAACUGACUCCUAGCCGCUUGCGCGAGAUCUCCGAUUGCCUGAGCGCCCUCACGGAUGAUGAUGAUGAUGAUGGCGAUGAUGACAACGCUGACGCUGGUGACGGCGACGGCGCCGGCAGCGGAGACAAUGACGAAGUCAGUGACGAUUCAGCCGCUGAAAGAGAGGCGCAAGAUGAGAGCUCCGAGGAAGGGGAGCUUUCGUGGGGAGCGGCGGCGGACCCUGUGCCGUCCCCCGUACGUGGGAUAAACAGCGACACCAGCCGAGUGUCGUCCCCACCCCCGCUGUCCACUCAUGCCCGCGUCCCCGACGAUGACAGCGACAAGGAUGACGACGAUGAUGAUGACGGGGGACAUGGCGUCAUAUCGCAGAGUGGCGGACGACGUGCCGAGGCCCUGCAGGCCCUCCUGAAGCGGCGCAAACAGAGGGAACCACGAUCACGCCGUGCAAAGGUGCCAGUAGACAAGCCGCAAAAGAAGAGAAGGAAUCGCAACACCAACUCGGAGGAGGAGGAGGAGGAGCAGAAGAGGGGCAGAGGGGAGAAGCGACCGGCGAAGCGUACCCGUCUGCUGCCCGACAGCGACGACGACGACGACGACAACGACACGGAGGCAGCAGCAGGCGUGCUGGUUGAGGAGACGGAGGCAAUGGAGGACAAGGUGGAAGAUGAGGUGGAGGACUCCCCAGGAAGUCGCCCCGUCGUCACCCGUCUGGACGACUCCAGCUCGGGCGACGAGGCCGUACCGGCGAGACGGCCCAGGCAGCGAGUGAUCAUCGACGAGGAUGAAGACGAGUGAGGAGCGAGAUCCUGAUGGCCGAGACGUCGUCACGUGGUGAUGUCAUGGCAUCUUGACCCGUAGGCUCGUCAUGGUCUUAACGAGGACUUGGAAGAGUGACCCCCGCCCAAGGAACAUCCACAACAGUUGUGAAGAAGCUUCAUUGGAGUGCAUUUGCUCCCUUCCAUCAUCAUCAGUGAUCAUCCACUGCUGGUUGAAGGCCUGCCCAAGAUGUGCAGUUCGUGGGGGUUGGUUGACCGUGAAUCAUCUGUGCUCCCUUCCAUUGGCCUAAAAAUGCAACUCAAGUGUUACAUUUUUCCACGUUAAAUCCCCACAUGCAUUUUAAGCGUUCGCACGUGCAGUUGAUGGAACUCUUCUGCAACGAGAUACAGUUUUAAAUCUUUUUUUUUCAAAAGUUCUUGCUUUUCAAUAAAGUCAAUGAGGUAAUGGAAAUUUUCACCGUGUAUCGGUUUGGUCAUGUAUGAAAUCUGCAUGUUCCCUUCCAGCUGUGUCUACAGCUGGACUACUGCACCGCAUGUGUUUGUUUAAUGGGGUCAUUUUAGGCCAUCAACACCAGCAACUGUAUUCUCAUCAAGCCAUCGACCAGUGACCAUGCUGCAUUCAUUAUCGUUAAGUCUUUUGCAGCCAACACAAAUAGUCUGCUGGUAUAGCGUUCUUUCUAAUGCAGCUGGAAUUUUCUCAUUUUUCAUUUCAUCAAUUGCUUAAGUGCUUUGCAGCGUUUCACCCGUUGUUGUUGGAGGGUCGUGUGUGGAAAGUUUGGUAAUGAUCAGUUCAACUAAGCCUGUUUUUCGUCUGGAUUGUGUGAAAUUGCCUGUGUUAAUAACUUUACAUGAAUAAAAAAAAUAUCUUGGUAAUUUU